AUGCGGCGCUAUGGCUGGGAAAGACAUCUGGACGAGAGCACAGCGUGCACGUGGAUGGAAACCUUUGAAGCAGUCAAGAAGGCAGAGUAUUGGUCUCGUUUUGCUUGGUUUCUGGUCGCGCACUUGUUGCACCCUGCUUGUCGUGAGAGUUUGCGUGCGUGGCACAAUCCGGUGACCGUUUUGGAGUCGAGAUUAGACCGCAGUGGUAUUGCCCAGGAGGUGGUUACUUUGCACGAUGACUUGUUGGCCUGGCAAGAUCUCCACGGGUGUUCUUCGUUGCCCGAGAAGAAGCAGCAUGCAGACUUGGCGAAGAGGGUGGGCAAGUAUUUCAACAGCAGGGAGGCGCGUGUGAGGACCCUCCAGAAAGCUUAUCCUGCAGACUUUGCGCCGCUGCCUGGUUACAGAGUUGAGUGUUUGUCCUUGGAAGGCGAUUCCCUGCGUGGUGUACUCUGGCGGUCUGCAGCUGAACGUGCUCUGAUGUUUUCGAUCCCUGGAUGGAGAGAAGAGGGCAAGGGCAAGGAGGAGUUUCAUCCUUUGCAGGAUUUCUGUAAGCAUUGGUUGCCAGAAGCAGACGAGAUGGAGUGUCUUGAUUUGUUGACGAACACACAGCGCCCUGUCACGUGGAAGCUCGAGCAAGUCGCGAGACGAUUGGACUGUUCACCCACGGUAUCUGGUGCGCAAGAAGCCUUAGCCAAGCGCUUACUGCGAUCUUUCCCUGAGGAUGCAGGUGAAUGCCUACAGAAAUUCUGCUGUAGAUUGUGUCCAACCGACUGCGCAGAUGCAAAGUCCUUCAAAGAGCACGUCGCACAGGAGCACGCUGGCGUCGGGCUGCAAGAUACUCCCCGGACGCUGAUUGAGUAUCGCAAGAAGAUUCUCGCUCUUGUACCAGGUAUGAGCAGACAGAGGACAAUAGCUGCCAACUUUGAUGAGCGCUUGCGUUGCCCUGCAGGCACGAGUGAGGAGGGCCGAGUGGAAGCUGCCUGUGUGGUGUGUGCUCGACGUUUUUGGGCGCAUGAGUUGAACAAGGUGCUACUCUUCACCGAUCCUGCCCAAGCAGAAGGGCUACCACAGCUCCCGGAUGGAGUGGAUGCAGCAGUCCGUCCAUCCCAGCAGCAUCGACUCUGCCGCCUGCUGGGAGUUCCACGCUAUGCUGAGCGCUGGCCGCACAUAGCUUUGGAGGAGUUGCAGAAGUCUGCCGUUGAACAUCCUUUCCUCCCAGGUGAAUAUGUGCUCUUGCGCCGGCGGCGCAUGCCGGAAGACGCACGACAGCCGUCCCCUGUUUGCCGGGACUGCCGCACCAGCCUGACAGCCCAGGUUCUGACCUUGCCGCGCCACGCCCUGGCGAAUGACCUGUGGCUUGCAGAGCCUUGCCAGAGCUUCGUCACCGUCCUGCAGCCGGUGGUGCUUCCCCACGCCGAACGGCAGAAGGGCUUCAUCGGGAACACCAUCUUUUUGCCGCAAGCCAGUCCUUCCUCAGUCGAAGCAGUGUUGCCACCCCGCGCAGAGGACAUGGCCGAGCACAUCUUGUUCGUCUUGGUGGGCCACAACAGAGGCGACCUGCGAUCGUCGGCCACGAUGCAGGCACCUCGAGAGGAAUACGUUGCCGCUGUGGAGCGCCUCCGACAAACUUCCAAGUACUACGCGGAGGCAGCGGUCGAUCUCAGUCGAUGGUCUGGCCAGGAGGAGACUAUGUUUGAAGGCCGUGUCCUUGAGACGGACGCAGACAGCUAUUUGGCGAGAGAGCUCUUACAACGGGGACCGGCGGACGCUCAAGGCCAAGAGAGCAGCCAGCAGGAGGAGGACGACGCUGGCAUGGCGGAGGACACUGCAGAGUCCGGUCAUCUGAUUUCCAGCAUUGUCGGCCUGAAUGACACCUCGGACGAUGAGAAUCGUUGGUUGCGGGUUUGCCGAGAUGUGGAGGAUCUGUGUCGUCGAAAGCCUCGACAGUAUGACACUGAUGCAGAGCUGGUCGUGCGCAAUCGGGCCAACAAUGACCUGGGUGUGGAUGCUGCGCAGAUGGAAGGAGCAAAUCUACUGGGUCGAGAAGGUGCGCACGAACGUGGAGUCCUUCGUCGCAUCCGGCAGGUCCAGACUGUGGCCGCGCAUGGGGUGGAGACAGAGCGACAAGCGCAAGGGCAAAUGUUUGAGGUCAGGCCACAGAAGUUGGUGGUGCCUUCUCGAGAUACCCCUCUGAGCAUGUUUGAGCCAGGGACCUGGGCAAUGGCUUUUCCUACGUUGUUUGCUUGGGGUGACGGGGUGCCUUUCUUGAAGAGAGAGACGAGCAUGGAAGCUUCUGAAGUGUUUCGUUAUUUACUCCUACGCGAAGAGCUCCAGUACAGCGGUGAUGCAGGUGUUGAAGAUGAGGUCCCUGCACUACCUCGAUGGCGUUUGUCGGAGCAGUUGCUCCCGACGAUGUAUGAUGUCCAACGUCGUUUGACGUUGAUGCGGACCUCCAAGGCCUAUGUCAAGAGGAGUGGCUUCGGCCGCCACUGCUCGGUUAUAGCCUCCGUGACCUCCGAGCACCUCCUGAAGGCUAUGGCGCUGCACGGGGAGAAAGCGGACAUCCGCGAGUUGCUCCGCUCCCCGGACGUGGACGUGCCGCUCAAGCGCGCACUGGGUAGUGUCCUGCAGGCCAGUUCCAACGUUUUGGGCACAGAAGGUCACCGAUCUCAGAUCCGUCUGCGAGGCCACGCAGCUGGGUGGCAUUACGGCCCAAGUCACAUUUUUGUGACACCGAACUUGGCGGACUCGCGAGCUUCUCUGCUUUUGCAAUUGCAUCUGCAGGGGGGCUCGCGAGUCGAGGCCUAUGAGGUCGACCUGGCCUGGGACCUCGAGGCACCAGCGCUGCCCUCGCUGAGCGCAAUGCGUCGCAUUCUAGCUGCCGACCCAGUCUCUCAAGCAAGGUUUUUUGACGUGAUGAUGACCUUGUUCUUUGAGGAGAUAUUGGGCACGUUGCCGCCGCUUACCCGCGCCAGCUUCCGAGGCGGUCUUGCCAGGGACUUCGAAGAUGGUUUUGCUGCUUCCACUCAUGCUGGUUGCUUUGGAGAUGUGGCAGCCUUUUGUGGCCCUCUUGAGACUCAAGGACGCGGUUCCAUGCACCCACAUAUUCUGGUUGUGCUUUUGGGGCACGACUUGGGCAAUCGCCUUCGCUCUGUUUUGGCCACCGCAGCGCGUGGAGAACUGGUCAUUGAGUUGGAACGCUGGAGUCGCGCCGUCCUACAAGCAGCCAGCCGUAUUCGCUACGACAGCCAGCAAGCUCUCAGUCAGCAGUUGGAACAAGAAGUCUGUCCACUACCGCUGAGCGAAAAUCAGCGUGCUGCGUGUGGGAGGCAAUACAGCGACGUGCCACUGAGGUCAACGGAGCCAGACGGCCACGAAGCGGCGACGGAGUCCAGUACACCUCUCCGACUGACCGGAUGCUUCGCUUCACUACGUCCACAUUAUGUCAGGAGGAGCAAGGCCGCUGCUUUCAACGCGGCCAGUUGGAACGCUGCGAAAGGCAAGCGGGGAUGUCGAUUUGGCUGCUUCCACGUCGAACUACACAAAGAAACGGAAGACUCUGGACUGGAGAAGGUGCGCGCGCGUUGUUUGAAGGGAUGGCCUCGAGUUCAGCGUGCGCAGUUUAUGAUUCUACCACGUGAAAAUGUUCCAUUGGAGGAAGAGGAGGCCAUGAAGAAUGAGAACCCCCAUGUCUUUCAACCUCAACGGGACCAUCCCUUCGAAGGCAUGUCGAAUCCCAUAGCUCAAGUCAGCAUGCGGUGCAACGUCGACGUGAAAUACUUGGGACGUGGUUUUUGCGAUGCCGAUUUGCAGAAAUUGGCUGCCAAUGAAGAGGAUGGAGACGGACAGGGCGGAGACGCACAGCCACCAGACGGGGAGCGCAAAAAGAAGGACAAGAGCUUGGACGCGCGGUUGCGCAGAGUUGUUGUGGAUAUGUUUCGGGACAUGCAGGAUGUGCAAUUUUAUACUGGGGAGUACGCGAGCAAGAAGUUCGAAGUGUCUCGAUCUCUGCUGCCGGAACUCUUUGCCGGCGUUCAGCGUCUUGAAGCUGAAGAGGCACAGCGAGACAUGCCGAGCGGCCAUGACGCCGCAGUGGCGGAGGCGGCACCGGUGCCCGAGGCUGCGCCGUUGCCUGCAGAAGUGGCCAGGUUGCGUGCUUUGAGUUUAUUGCGACGUCUUGCUUUUGGCAUGCAGAGAUGUGUUGCGAAGUCCAAUGGGGAGAUGGCCUACCAACUUUUGUUUCAGCAGGAGCAACUGGUCAGCUACAGUGGCUACAACAUGUUCUUUCGGUUUGUGCCCUAUGCCAUGUUUCGUUGUCGCGCAGUGGCCUUGGACGCAGCCGCCGCCAGCGCGCCUCAUUUGAAAGUUCUGCCCCUGGAGCCUGUGGAGGCUGAAGAGAUUGACGCAAUCCCUGUGCAAGAGGUUGCUGAGGUAUUCGACGAGGAAGAUUUGACGGAAAGUGGGAUCCCAGGUGGCACGAGGGUUGCGUCGCACAAUCAGAAGGAUGAUUACUUGCAUCGUGGUGCUUCAGCCGUUAUGACGUCUAUGUCUUUGGUUAUGUAUUCUCGUUAUGUGCGACGAGAGUUGCGAACAGCAGACGACAAUGUUGUGGUGCCUGUGGAUUUGCGCCUUCCGGGGCAGAAUGAACCUGAGAAAUACGCAGCGUUUAUGCUGGGUUUGUCGUUGCCCUUUCCACGUUGCCCGGGUGCACAGCAUUGUGGAGAAGCUUGGCAAUGUUUUCAUUGUCAUGAGAUUGAAAAGUUGGAAGGGAAAGGUUUCCUGCGAGCCUGUUUCUCCAAGACCUGGAAACAUUGGAAAGCUUGCAUGCAGGUGCGCAAGGUGAAUGCGCAGGAACGACUCUUGGCUGGCUUGAGUUUACCUUUUCUGCGUGACUUGGUGGGCUUACGCGAGUGGUGCGAUGUGUCUUGUCUCGACGAGAUGCUUCUGGAUGGAGCAGACCCUGAGAUCUCCGAAGAGAUGCCUGCGCAGGAGCCCGCAGGAGAAGAUGCAGAGGACCAGGGAAUUCUGUUUCCGAGCGCCUCCACACCUUCGCCUCUGUCGAGUACCUAUCAUUUGAUGUGGUGUCUCGGGAAGGUUUUCAAGGGCAAGCAUGGUCGCUACGUGGACCUACCUCGGAUACACGAAAGGAUUUGUUGGUCUUUGGGAAUCCCUUGUGGUUUUCACUACACACAGUUGACUCCGCUGGAGCACAUGUCUCAUGUGCAGCUGCAGUGGUUGGGGAGAUUCCGCCUGCACCACGAAGCACGACAGCUCAGCAGCAGCCAGAGGAGAGCCGAGCGCUUUGCUUACAUGACCAAGGAAGAGGAGGGCGAAGACGUGGAGGAGUACUGGGACGAUGUCGGUCCCGUGGACAUAGAAGGAUCUGAUGUGGAGAACGAUCUCGAGCACGAAGAUGCGAUAGAGCGCAUGGAUUGCGCCGAACAUCCUGUGAGCCGAGAAGCUUUGAAAAAAGUACUCUUUCGUGAGAAAGACUGGAAGCGUUGCCUGGCGGGACGCGACAACCGCACGAAGUUUGCUCUGAGCAGAUUGAAGCAAGUGGUUGAGGCCAUGGGUGGCUUGCCCAAUGUGACUGUCAACGUUGAAGGCGAGCGUCCUCUGGAUGGUGCUCUUCGUCGCGCAUGGGCCUAUGCUGAAGCACAAGACAUGUUUGACCGGCAAUCCCAGUACCUGGAGAAUCUGUCUGGAGGUGUUCCAGAUGAUGCUGAGGAGGAGUUUGUCCCGAGUGGCCUGGAAGCGAUGACUGCGACGGAUCCGUUCUUGAUGGAUCUGAACGCGCAGAAUCUGCGACCGAGGGACUAUGCCUUGAAGCUGGUGGAGGACCAAAGCUGGUGGAAAAUCAUGGGGUGGAUCGAACGACUGGAGUGCACGCUCAACGCACAGCAGAUUCGCGCUGUGGCUCCCAUUGUAUGCACGAUCGAUGAAAUGUGGGAGAAGCGCACCGAAGCAAGCACCUGCUUCGCCAAUGGCCAGCCCAGUGAGCGGUGCAAUUGUCUAUGGCUUGGCGCGGGGGGCUCGGGCAAAACGUGGGCAUACACCAAAGUCUUGCGACCUUUGUUCCAGCGCUUCUUUGGCUUUGGUCGCUACACUGCCGGGGCACCGACCCACGCGGCCGCGCGGUUGUUGGGGGCAGAAGCUAGAACUCUGCACAAACUGGCGAACAUUUCCCCCAACUCCGCACUACACCGCGGCGCCAUCCGAGGGCAGCGGAACAAAAAUGAUGCCUUGGAGCAACAGAUCCUGGCGUCAUUGGCCUGCAUCGUCGAUGAGCUGUCGAUGAGCGCAGCGGAUGUAUAUCAUGCUCUUGGCCUGCGCUUCUCGGUGAAGCGCUGUGAGAACUGGGCGCUGGACCUGAGCCGCUAUCUGCAGGAGUGGUUCGGCAAGAUGCCGAUAGGGCUACAAUUGGGCGACUUCCUACAGUUGCGCCCUGCCGCCCAAGCGAGCCUCUGCGAAUGGGUGGAAGUUCCGUCAGCGGUAGAACCAGCGCCGCUGACGGAACUUCAAGAAGCCGAAGCCCCAGAGCAGGCCAGCAACGCAGCCGAGCUGGGGCGGCUCUUGUUCAAGAACUCCAUGGGCAUUGUGGUGCACUUCACUGGAACUGGGCGUUUCUCUUCUUGUGCUUCUGGCCAAGCUUUGGUGGCCAUUUUGCAGCACAUGCGGCAAGGCACCGCCAUGACGGACGCACUCUGGGCGCAACUCCAGAGUCGUGUCUACGAGGUCCAGCAACAGCAAGACCUCCAGACCGCGCCUUCGCGCGGGGUGUUCUUGCGGGCCUACUGGGGUGCACUUGCCUGGGAGCAGGUUGCUCGGUUGCAACAGUUGCGAGCAGUGCUUGAGGCGGAAGACGCUGGAGAACGGCUGUACUUCGUGCAAGCCAUCGACAAGCCCACCGGCGACGCCGCGCUGUCUUCCGCCCAGGUCAGCGCAGCUCUGCAGCAUUUGAACAUGACCAAGACUGGGUAUUUGAUUGGCAUGUGUCCGUUGUUUCUUGGGAUGGAAGUGCGCAUUUCGCGCAUCUUGCCGGAGCCCUUGCUGACGCGUGAGCUCCCGUGCAUAGUGCGACGCAUGGAACUACAUCCCAAAGAACCUCCGACGCCACCUGGAGCAGCUUGCGUGGUCCUGCAGUACCAGCCGCUUGGAGUUUUGGUGGAGGUCGCAGACAGUGAUUAUGGUCAGUUUCAGGUCCCUGGCGACGACGUACCCAAGGGUCAUUUCUACGUGAGGCCUGUGUUCAACAAGCAAUCGGCCUGGGUCUUUGAGGUUGCGCCCAAGCAGAAACUUCGACUUGUUCGGAAACAGGUACCCUUGGCCCCACAGCGAGUGCUGACUCAUUUUGGACUGCAAGGCAUCACUGCCAGAUCUGGCCUGGUCGCUUUUCUGAAUCAACCUCCCUGGAUGAAGGAUGGAGAUUACGGUUUGGCCCUCUAUGUCAUGUUGUCACGAGCAACGAAGUUGAGCGAUUUAUGGCUCAUUGGAGUGCCUGAGCGCCCAUAUUUCGAAGGCUUCUUGCAUGAGCACAACAAGACUUUGGUGGAUCGUAUGAGCCUGUUUGAACGUCUGUCUGUGCAGAAUGAGCAAGCUGCGGAAAAGUACAUCCAGAAGCUGCUUUGGAGGGGAAAUGCUUACGUGAACCGCACGCUUGGUGUUUCUGGAACAGGACAAGCCAAGAGGCGGAGGCUGACAGGCAAGACUGCUGUGGCCUGA